AUGAAAGUCUCGAAUUUCCUUGUCCUCGGCAUUGGCGCCGCUACAAGCACCGCUGCUUUCUCAGACGACUCUCUUUUCGCCUCGCUGCUCAAACGUCAGGAGCCUGGUUCGGCUGCGUACAAUUGUCAUGACAACUGUGCCCUAUCCCAAUCCAAGCUCCCCAGCCCCUGCACCUCCUCCCCCUUUCUCGCAAACUACGCAAACUGCCUGCAGUGCAGCGGCCCCGAUAACCACAACAUCUGGCGCUACUAUGGGCGCUCGCUGGCUGGGGCGGGGGAAAGGUGUGGGCUCGAGGUUGAGCCGAAGAGCGGGGUGCAGGGGGAGGUUGGGGCGGCGGUCAAGGGGGAGGGGGGGAGUGUGAGUGCGAGUGCGAGUGCGAGUGUGAUGGUGGCGACGGGGACGGGGACGGGGACGGGGACGCAGAUGCAGACGUUGGUUCCAGGGUUGGAUUCCAUGUCCAUGUCCACGUCCAUGUCCAUGACGCAAACAGCGGUUCAAACUGGCAUGGGUAAUGCGACGGCGAGUGUCAUUGCUGUAAGUUGGUUUCUUAUUGUACACUGCUCUUGA